AUUGCUACACAUACUUUAUUUGCAAUUCAGUACCAUGAAAACAUUUCUCUAAGAGGUCAAUGUAAUAAUCUUUUAUUGACAUAGGAACUCUGGCACUGAAAGCUUGAAUAACCCAAGGUAAUGAUGUCGUCACCAAGGGACAACGAGAAUAGAACCCAAAUCCCUUGACUCCCAAGCUUGUGUUUUCCCUUAAUUGAGCUCCUUUCUAUUCAUCCAAGAGCAUCAAGUGUAAAACGUGGGACAAAGGAGUGGACACAAAUGAGCCAAGUCCGCGAGGUGGAGACUGCACUGAAGGUCCUAGGAAUCGCCCCUUGGCACUUUCCUUUUGUUUUGGCUGACGAAGAUGAAAGCAGCAGCAACCACAAACUCCUGGGACGAAGAACUGGAACUAGGUACUGCCUCCUGCGGUAACUCUCUUCCUCAUUUUAGGCCUUUCCUUUUUAACCUCUCCUGCCGGCCAAGCCUUCGCGCUCUCUUCCCCUCUCUCGGUUUCUAUCCGCUCCCUUUAGCUCCACUCUGCACAUUCCUGCUAGGUGUCCCCGUGAGAGGAGGCAGCUGCGCCGUACUGGCUCUCCACCCUCCAUCAGACCCUGGCGCCCAGUCCUCAGGUGUUCAAGAGGUUCGUGGCGUCACAAGCGCUCUCCGUAGAAAGUGAGUGGCAGUCAAGCAUUAUAAAUGUGUUUCAACGGUUAAGAGACUUAAGAGAUGGGAACCGGGGCAUAUACCAAGUCACCUCUGCGUGGGUUUAGGUAGCUGGUCACGACAAAGCAAAAUUUAGACAAUAAGCGUUGAGACUUUCCUUUUAGCUGCCAGUUUCACAGCUCCGCCAUCCCCUGAGCAACCUCCCACUGGAGGACGCUUGCCGAAGCGCAUAUGUUUACACUUUUCCUACACUAGGCGGAGGACCCCAGCGCUCGCUGACCCCGGGGGAUUCCAAACCGUUACUCCGCCCGCCGGGGUGGGGCCAGCGCAACGGCCGAGCCUGCGCAGCCGGGUGUCUCCGGGGCCCCGCGCACUACAAGUCCCAGAAGGCAGCUCUCCGCGGGGGCGGGCAGUCGCUUUAUCUGCCUCAGGCUCAUUUUUACCACUGCUCUCCCCUUCCCUGGUCCUCCUGGUGUCCUUUCCACAGUUAAAGGCUACUUUCUCUUGAAGCACAUGAGGAGAAGCCUUAGCAACCUCGAUACCGAAGUUCUUCGCGCGCUCGCUCUUUCUGCCUCUGCUCGAACUAUGCCUGAGUCCCUCACAGGAGUUGGGUAGUGGAGGCGAGAGAGGGAAGUCUUUGCAGGCCAAAACUGGGACAACCUGCUCGGACUUCCGCCUCCCGGCCUCCGGAAGGCAGUGCGCACGCGCUCGCUGCGACUCCGGCGCGGUUGACUUCCGCUCCCACUGUGCUCUGCGAGCCGAAUCAUGGAUCACACUGACAAUGAGUUACAAGGCACUAAUAGUUCUGGAUCCUUGGGUGGUCUUGAUGUUCGCAGACGAAUUCCUAUAAAGCUGAUCUCCAAACAAGCAAACAAAGCAAAACCUGCACCGCGAACUCAAAGGACUAUAAACAGGAUGCCUGCAAAGGCUCCACCUGGUGAUGAAGAAGGAUUUGAUUAUAAUGAAGAAGAACGGUAUGACUGUAAAGGUGGUGAGCUGUUUGGAAAUCAGCGAAGGUUUCCUGGACACCUUUUUUGGGACUUUCAGAUAAACAUCUUAGGUGAAAAGGAUGAUACACCAGUUCAUUUCUGUGACAAGUGUGGAUUGCCUAUUAAAAUCUAUGGGCGAAUGAUUCCAUGCAAGCAUGUUUUUUGCUAUGACUGUGCUAUUUUACAUGAAAAAAAGGGAGAUAAGAUGUGUCCAGGCUGUAGUGAUCCUGUGCAGCGAAUUGAGCAGUGUACACGAGGUUCUCUCUUCAUGUGUAGCAUUGUUCAAGGGUGCAAGAGAACGUAUUUGUCUCAGAGAGACUUACAGGCUCAUAUCAACCAUCGCCAUAUGAGAGCUGGAAAACCUGUUACCCGUGCUUCACUUGAAAAUGUUCAUCCUCCUAUUGCCCCACCACCAACUGAAAUCCCUGAGCGUUUUAUAAUGCCACCAGACAAGCACCAUAUGAGCCAUAUUCCGCCAAAGCAGCACAUCAUGAUGCCACCACCUCCUUUGCAACAUGUGCCGCAUGAGCACUAUAAUCAGCCACAUGAAGAUAUUCGUGCUCCUCCAGCAGAAUUGUCCAUGGCUCCACCUCCACCUCGAUCGGUCAGUCAGGAAACCUUUCGUAUUUCAACAAGAAAACACAGCAAUUUAAUAACCGUCCCUAUUCAGGAUGACUCAAAUUCAGGUGCUAGAGAACCACCACCUCCUGCCCCAGCACCUGCUCACCAUCAUCCUGAAUAUCAGGGUCAACCAGUGGUAUCGCACCCUCAUCAUAUUAUGCCUCCACAGCAACAUUAUGCACCACCCCCACCUCCUCCACCACCAAUAAGCCAUCCAAUGCCACAUCCUCCCCAGGCUGCAGGUACUCCUCACUUGGUAUAUAGCCAAGCUCCACCUCCACCAAUGACCUCUGCUCCACCACCAAUAACCCCUCCCCCUGGACAUAUUAUUGCCCAGAUGCCACCUUAUAUGAAUCAUCCUCCUCCAGGACCUCCCCCACCUCAACAUGGUGGUCCACCUGUAACUGCACCCCCUCCUCACCAUUAUAAUCCUAACUCAUUACCCCAGUUCACUGAAGAUCAAGGAACUCUGAGCCCUCCAUUUACACAACCAGGGGGAAUGAGUCCUGGUAUAUGGCCUGCACCAAGAGGGCCACCACCUCCUCCACGAUUGCAGGGUCCGCCUUCUCAAACCCCACUUCCUGGACCACAUCAUCCAGAUCAGACGAGAUAUAGACCGUAUUACCAAUGAUAAUAGUAUUUUGAACUGAAGAUAUGAGGAGGAAAAAAACUAUGUAUAGUCAAUCUUUUAAUUAAGCUUUGACUGUUUUGGGAAGGAAGAGUACCUCUUACCGAGGUAGUAUAAAACACAUAGGGUCUUGUUUCUUAAAAUGGUUUUAAAUCUUGACCUUAAGAUUGAUUUCAAGUACCAUACUGUAGUACAGAUAAGUGGCUCAGUUGAGCACAGCUAUAUUUUAACAUCUUUAUUCCCCUAGUUUAGUAAAUUGACCCAGAGGUGACCAUUUGUAAAAAAUUUGAAAAAAUUUUUCAUUGUUUUACUUCAAAAGUAUUGUUUUGUUAAACCCAACGUUUAGUUUUUCUUGUGAUACAUUUUGUUAACCUGUGUAAAAGGAUUAAAUUUCAAUAAGGUUGUAAAAAUGCUAUUUUUAUGUGAAUUUCAGUGCAGCCACAUACUGUUUUUUAAACCAUAUGUUUUACCACUAAUUUCCCAAAGUUAUAAUAAAAUCCUAAAAGCAAAAAUCUAGAAUUUGCUGUAAGGCAGACUGUUAAAUGAUAGAGAGUUAUUUCACAUUUUAGGCACUGAAAUGUUGGGGUUUCGAGGUAUAGUAAGUAUACAAUGCACUUCACUUGGAUGCCUUUUCAUUUUUAGGCAGCCUCAGGAGCACCAAAAUACAUUGGAAUUCUAGUACUAAGAUAUAUUUGUUUGUAAUGUUAAAAGGCAUUACUAAUUAUUUGGAAAGAGAUGGCCAAAGUAAUCAACUCUACAGGCUUCAAGCUGGUGGGGGGAUGCUGUUACUCAUUAAUGCUUUUUUACUGAAUGGUCGGAAUCACAUACGCACCACACAUACUGACCUUAAGUAACAUUAUUUUAUAGAACUGUUUAAACGGUGUUAUUUAGAUGAAAUGUGUUCUGUUUUGUUCAUUGUCUUAAACUGAAUAGGGCUGAAUAGGCUUUACGUAAUUCUUCAUUUCAUGGUAGAGUUUGAUGCUGUGUUUAAGUGGGUUCUUGUUUAUAGGAUUUUCAACUGCAGUUUGAAUGCCAUGGAGGAAUUUGAAUAAUGUAUUAAUGAAGGACAUAUUCUUGUAAUCACAAAUUUGCAUUUGCUCAGGUUUCAUUGCUGUGUGAUAGAGUUUUUCCUCUAACUUGAAAUUUAAAAACUUUUAUUUCCAAUUCCUUUUGUCGGUAAAGCAGUCUGAAUUUGGAACAUUUUAGCAUGGAGUCAACAGUGAAGACUACCAGAUAAUUUUGUAUUGGAGAAGAGGAAAGUAACAGCUAAAUUGUGGAUUUCAGUGCUUUACAUGGUGCCUUUAGAGUCAGCUUUUACAUUAUAGGGGCUUGUUAUAGUUCAGCUAAGAUGACCACUUAACAGUUUAUACAGAACUCAUGUGUAUAAAUCAACGUUCUUAGGAUAUUAUUUAUAUCCUUUGAAUAAAUCCCUGUGAAGUUUUUCCUCCCCACUAAAAUGGUGCAUAAUAAAACAUGAAAUGUGUAGUAUGCAGGUAUCAUUUAUUAGAUAGUUUGUAGUAUAUACAUUUAGAACAUACUUCUUUUGACAAAGCGUGAACUGAUUGCUAAUUUACCAUUUCUGUCAGGUACAGGUGAAACAAAUUCUCAUCUUGAAUGAUCAGAUGCAAAAUCAUUUCUGAACCCUAGGAGCAGAAGUUAGAAAUAACAAAAUGGCCAUUUCAACCUUGACUGGCCAAAAAUAACUAAUAAACUUUUUUGUUUUAAGUCAGGCAAAUGAUUUUCUACACUUCACAGUUUGAAAGUCCAGUGUUAAUGCAAUAUUUCUAGUGAGAAAUGCUUGUUAUUAAAAGCAUGGGAGUGAAAUGGUGUGAAAUGUUGGUGGUGAGUGCUUCUAUCAUAUUACUGUAGGUACUUGGACUGGUGCAAACUUGAUUCCUUUUCAUGCCCCUGUUUAGGAGCUAUUAAAAUGUUACUGUUAAAAAUCCAAACCAUUUCUUUGUUCCAUAUAAUAAGAAAAUAGCCAAAAUCACUUUAGAGCUUCUCAACUAUUUAUGAAGAGUUGUCCUGCUUUUAUUGAAAGUCACUAGAGUUGAAUGUGGUAAGCAACCACUUAGCCUAUGUAUUGGAUGAGAAAAUUAGUAUCAUAAAAUUUUGAAUUAAGAGAACUCUUGUAGAGUUUUAAAAAAAUGAUUUAUUUUCAAUUAGGUUUAAGAAAUCUAUGUUAUGCAGGGAGGCAUAUCAGAUGAAUGUUGUAGUAGACAAAAGUUUUAAAUCGUGUUAGACUUGAAUUCAUCAAUUGUUUGAAUGAGGGUGGGUGGGUAGAAGGAUAACAAAAUUACUGUUAGUGCUUCUUUCCUUACGGAAAAAGAUGUGAAUGCCAGCCUUAUUUCAGGGAAGCCUUUGAAGCUAUGAUGGACAUAAAUCUAAAGUAAAUGUAUGUAUGUUUCAUUAUAUUGCUCUUAAGACUACUGAGGUGGCAGUUUAAUUCUUAAAAACAAUAAAAUGGAAGCAUAAAUACUA